UUACAAAAACCUUCCGCUGUCAGUCUGUCACACAGAACAUACGCCCGUCAAGUCUACGGACCGUCAACGUCAGCCAGGCGGAUUUGGUGCGCACACCUCGGCUUGGAUAUACAGGGACCCACCGAUGGAAUUCGGUGUUAUCGAUAUAUUUUUUUAUCAACUCACACAUUUUUCAUUAGAGAAGGUGUGAAUUCCACGUACCUAGGAUUCAGAAAUGUAUUUUCUUCAAGAGAAUAUAUUUAAAAUUGGAUUAAUCAAGGAGAAAUGGAAGUUGAAUAGGUUAAACUAACAAAAGAGGAUACGAAUUCAUCAUUACGCAAUUUGGCAAGUUGUCUUUGGAUAAAGCCUUGCUGAUUUAAUCAGUGUGAACUGAAAGGAAAUAAAGUAAUUUGCCAAAAAUAAAAAUGCAUUUUGGAGUCCAUCACAUCCAGCUCACACUGCUAUUGUCUGCAGCCGUAGCAUCGGUCCAGGUCCCAGAGCCCUACCUCAGCCUGUCUAAUGAGAGAACUUCGAUUGAGAGGACGUAUGAACUGACCAAGUACCUGGAGCAUCAGCUGAGAGAGAUAAAGGACACCUAUCUAUCCUACCUGGGCCCUCCGUUCAGUGAUCCAGACUUCUCCCCUCCACGGCCCAACAGCACGACCCUGUCCCUGCCCAGCGCCGCCACCCGUCUGGAGCUGUGGCGGGGAUUGGAGAACCGUGCCAGGCUGACCCAGAACCAUAGGGCUUACUCUGUCCUGCUGGGAGCUGUGAAGGAGCUGGCCCGCUCCACCCUCUGUCCCUACCUCCAGAGCUCCCUGCUGCACUUCUCUACAGGCCUGGACAGUCUGUUGGGGUCUAUAUCAAGCCUCAUGAACACUCAGGGGUAUGCUCUGCCUCCUGCUGGGAUCGAGGCGCAGUACCUGCAGAGAGACACAGGGGGCGACAGAGAGGCAAUGGGACGCAGACCAUCUCCACUGAUGAGUCAGGGUCUCUAUAAGGCAGGGGUGGGGCUAAUGAUGCAUCCUCUUGGUGAUCAGAGGGGUGCUGGGACCAUCAGAGGGGCAGUGAGAGGAGAAAGGGAGGAGAGCACCAGGAGAGAAAUGACAGGGAGAAAGAGGGAGAGAGAGAAAGAUAGAGGGAGGGGGAGGGAGGGUAGGAGAGCGGAGGUAACUAGGGCUGUGGUUAGGAGCGUGGGGUCGAGGCAGGAGGAGAGAGGGGAGCACGGGAGGAAAGGGAGGAAGAGAGAGGCAGAAGAUUGGGAGGGGGCCACUGAAGACAGGGAAGAGGAGGAAGAGUUGGAGAGAAAGGGAGGGAAGGACAGAAGGGGGAGGAGGCUGCUGAGUGUUUCAGAGGAAGGAGAGAGAACAGUUAAGCAGGGUCCACUGGACUCUGAUGCCAGAGUCACUCUGUCCUUUUCAGAUAGACAAAACUUCCCCCAACAACAACUCCUAAACAACAACAACAACAACAACAACAACUUCUACAGCUACAACUUCAACUAUCACCCCCAAAAUAAGGACAGAGCCGGGGGGGAUUCAGAAAACAGGGCGACAGAGGAGGAACAAUACAUCAUCCGAGAGUCUGCAUCCCUCCUCUCCUCCUCUUCAUCCUUCCAUCCCCAGCGCCGUUCCCCUCGCUCCUUAUUCUCCCCCUCUCUCCACACCCCCCUCUCACCCCUCUCCCUCUUCUACCCGUUUGGCACAGGGCCAGGGGAGGGACACACCCUGUUGUCAGAACCAGUUCCCCUGUCAUUGAGGAGGGGUCCCCCCUUGCUGCCGCCCCCUCCCCUGCCACCUCUUCUGUCCUCCUCCCCUCUGCUGGCGGUGCAGCCGGCACUGAAUGACUUCUCCAGAAAGGUUGAGGGCUUCUGGGUACUGAGGGAACUGCAGAGCUGGCUGUGGCGCUCCGCCAAGGACUUCAACCGCCUCAAGAAGAGACUCCGAGUCUGACAGACUGAUAGAGGAGGGAGGACACACACUGUCUCUCUCUCUCUCUCUCUCUCUCUCUCUCUCUCUCUCUCUCUCUCUCUCUCUCUCUGUCUCUCUCACU